CGCACUUGCCACGAUCCACCUGAGCCAAAGCAAUUACCAACCAUUGGAGGAGCGACCUACGAUUGGGACAACACAUCUAUAGCCAAUAAUGGCACGAUCUUUGGCACCAUCAUAACUUAUAGAUGUGAAAUAGCUAGAGGCUUGAACGAUCCGGUUAAAUCUGACGUUGUCGAAAACCAGGAAAUUGAAUGCUUGUGGAACCACACCUACGCCCCAACCAAGAUUUUUGACUGCAAAUGGACCGCUUGCAUCAAUCCAAUGAACCAGACUCAACGUAACUUGACCCACAACUUUGUUGAGGGCUCGACCAUCAGCUUCGGCAGCUUUUUGACAUACAAAUGUAUUGAAGGCCAUUUUUUUGACGCCGACUACCACCAAACUGAAUUCAAAGUGGAGUGCCAGAACACCGGUUUCUUUCAAUAUCCAGCCAAUGACACCCUAUGGCCUCGAUGUCUUCCCACCAAGUUUUGUCCGUCCCAUCCCGAAAAACCCAGAAGUGCGCGUAUACAUUGGAACAAGGACUUGGAGCAUCAAGCCAAAGCCUCAUUCUUUUGCUGGCCAAAUUUCGCAGCCAAAGAUCCCAAAGGAGACUUGAUCAAUGUGAUGGAAUCCACUUGUCAAUGGAAUCGAACUUGGGCUGACGUGGAUAUACAAUGCAAACCUUCACAUUGUCCCGUGAUCCCUGUUCCAACAAUACAGUCUGGAUUGAUUUACAAGCCUAAAGAAGAAACCGCAAGUCCCAAUGCUUCGUGGUUGUCAGACAUGCUCUACUACAACAAGAGUGUGCCACUUACUAUUCCAAUCCCGGCUGAUUUCGGGAAGGAUUUGAUUUUGCUCAUCGACGGAAGGUUUGUACAAAGUAGUCCAAUUCAAGUCAUGGAAAUCAAGAUAUUGGAUGUCGAAAACAACAGCCUCGCCAAUUUCUCUCUCAAUGCUUUGACCGAGUAUUGGACACCUGGCAGCGACGCAUUGGGAGUCAUGCUAUAUGAGAGGACCAAUAUCUCGGCCGGAGACGCAUUCCGCUUUCAAAUGAGGUUCCUUCCCGCUCAAAACUCGUUCGAAAUGCUUUUGAUGGAUGGUAGUGCUCCAAUAUCAAUUCCUAGGGUAGACACUGGAGAGCCGAAUGGUCUUGUCACCAUUGACGGGGAAAUUACGCUGAACUUGGCAGGCUUUACAACAUCGCCUAAUGAGACCCGAUUAAUGGUCGGGGAUGAACUGAAAUUCGCUUGUGAGCAAGGAUUGGUCUUUACCGGGAAUGAAUUUGUCAAGCCUGAAUUGAACCUUAAAUGUGAGGCAUCGGGAUUGGUGUCGGGGGCACCCGAAACUUGGCCUAUUUGCGCUCGAAGAGGUGCACCAAGAAUCAUAAAUUGUGUCCAAGGAGAUUGCCCAACUGGAUGUCUUGACCUGAUUGCCUGCUUUGGCCAUAAUUAUUGGAGACAUCGUUAUUGGAUGUUCAGUGAUUGAAAGAACACGUUUUGUUGAAAGAAAG